AUGGCCAAGAAAGGGCGUGCAAAGGGCGAGAAGCCCGAAGCCCUCAUAUCUGCCUUGCAGGCAGCCAAUGAGGAUCUCAGGUCCAAGCUGACAGAUAUUCAAAUUGAACUGCACCAGGAAAAAUGCAAGGUGAGCAAGCUUGAGCGCGACAAAGUGCAGGAAGUGAAGCGAGUGCGAGAGCAGGAGCAGCACCGCCACACAGCCAUGCUGACGGAGCAGCGGGCCAAAUGGCACGAAGAAAAACAGAAAGAGCUCCAGGCCCUCCGGGAAAAUCUGACACGACAGCAUGAGCAAGAAUUGGCCCGCCAUGCCAAAAUCAAAGAUCAAGAGAACCAGAGGCUCAAGACAGCACUGAGCGCCAUCCGGGACGGCAGUGGCGAAAAGGUGCGCACAGCGUUGACUCUGGAAGCUAAGGAGGAUGCUCGUCGCUUCUUCGACCAGGAGAGAGUGAAGCUCCUCCAGGAGAUCGCUGAGCUGAAGUCAUCCAAAAAGCAGACUGACGAAGCUCUCAGCAACAUGAUACAGGCAGACAAGAUGAAGGCCGGUGAUCUUAGGGUGGAGCACCAGCAGCACCAGGAACAGAUCUCCAAGAUCAAGUGGGACUGUGAAAGAGACAUCCGGAGACUGGUAGAUGAAAUCAAAGCUAAAGAUCGCACCAUCUUCUCUCUGGAGAAGGAGAUGGAAUCAACGACAGGGUUCCUUCAGAAACUGCAGCUUCAGAAAGAUGCGCUGGAUGAGCAACUCUUCCUGGUCAAGGAGGCCGAGUGUGGUGCGGGAAGCCCAAAAAGAGAGAUUCCGGGUCGGGUGGGAGACGGCGCGGAGCACUGCGGAAGUCCGGAUCUGAGGAGAAAUCAGAGGCGCGUGGCUGAGCUCAAUUCAACAAUUCGCAAACUGGAGGACCGGAACUCAAUUUUGGUCGAUGAAAGGAAUGAACUUCUGAAACGUGUGCGCGAGUCAGAGAAGCAGUGCAAGCCGCUGUUGGAUAAGAACAAGAUUCUGAGUAAGCGCAAUGAUGACCUGAUGUUGACCAUCCAGAAGCUGGAGGAGAAAGCGAGGAAUCUGGCCAAGGAGAACCUUGAGAUGAAGGAGAAAAUCAGCUCCCACCCUCCACUAAAGAAGCCCAAGUCGCUGAAUGACCUGGACCAAGCCCACGAUGACCAGGAAAUAGCUUUUCUCAAACUUCAAGUUCUGGAGCAGCAGAACAUGAUUGACGAGCUCGCCAGAGACAGAGAGAAACUGCUCCGGAAAAAAAGGCAUAAAAGGAGCUCCAGACCAAUUAAGAGGCACAUUGUCGUCGACACAUUCUUCGGUUAUGAUGAAGAGUCAAUGGAUUCUGAAACAUCCUCUGUGGCUUCGUUCCGCAUGGACCGGACACCGGCUACUCCCGAUGAAGACCUGGAUGAGGGUCUGGCGAAUGAGGAAUCUGAACUGAGGUUCCGUCAGCUGACCAGGGAGUAUCAGGCUUUACAGCGAGCAUACGCCCUGUUGCAGGAACAAAAGGGAGGGAUAUUAGAUGCUGAGAUGGAAGCCAAGGCUCAGGAGCAGCUCCAAGCAGACAUACUCAGGUAUAAGGCCAAAAUAGAAGACUUGGAGAGGGAGCUGACCACAAAGGGUCAGGACUCCAAAUGGGUGGAGGAGAAGCAGCUGUUCUUACGAAGAAAUCAUGAACUUUUAGAGAAGGUGGAAAAAGUGGAGACAGAGUGCAGCCGGGCUCUACAGGAGCUCCAAGACUCCAAAGACCAGAAUGAACUAUUAGAAUUCAGGAUCCUUGAACUUGAGGAGCGAGAAAGGAGGUCGCCGCCGUUUAACCACCUGAGGAUGCAUCCUUUCUCUGAGGGAGUCAGUGCACUUCAGAUCUACUGUAUGAAGGAGGGCGUAAAGGAUGUGUGCAUACCAGAUCUGAUCAAACUUUUAGACAUCCUUGGGGACAAUGGGAACCUAAGGAAUGAGGAACAAGUGGCCAUAAUUCAGGCCAGCACCGUUUUGUCAUUAGCAGAAAAGUGGAUUCAGCAAAUUGAGGGAACUGAGGCAGCGCUCCACCAGAAAAUGAUGGACUUGGAGAUAGAGAUGGAGAUGUUCUGUAAACAGAAAGGGUACCUGGAGGAGGAGCUAGACUAUAGAAAACAAGCACUGGACCAGGCUUACAUGCAAAUUCAAGAGUUGGAGGCAACGUUAUACAACGCCCUGCAGCAGGAUAAGGUCAUCAAAUAUGGCGAGCCCUUGGACGAGCUUCAGCGGGAUGAACUGCGGACUGCAGUGGAGAAACUUAGGCGGCAGAUGCUGAGGAAGAGUCGGGAGUAUGACUGUCAAAUCCUGCAGGAAAGGAUGGAACUGCUGCACCAGGCACACCAGAGAAUUCGCGAUCUCGAGGAUAAGACAGAAAUCCAAAGGAGGCAAAUUAAAGACCUUGAGGAGAAGUUUUUGUUUCUAUUCUUGUUCUUUUCUCUUGCCUUUAUCCUUUGGCCUUGA